GUGGGCGGCUGUUCCGCUAUUUGUUUGCAGUUUUGUUGAAUAGAUAAUGAGGCGCUGCCGAGGUAAUUAGAGCAUGCUGGAGUUUUUUUUCGUAUGUGUGUGUGUGUAUGCGCGGGGAGGAGGGAAGUCUUUCCUGUAAAAAAGAACCGUAACCAAACUCAGGGCAGCAUUGCCUGCAGAAUGUGGACGGAAAAGCAGACGAGAGGCGCACUCUGCACAACACAGUGAGAAAGAAACUCUUGGCUGCAAGCGCAAGGGACUUCUGAAUGGAUGCCUGACACCAGCCGUCCCUUAUGCAAAAGAUUAGCAAACUCCAAAACUUACAGACACCAAGACUAUGGCAAGUCUCGCUGCCUUGAUCCGAGUCGGAAGCCACCUUCUCGUCUGUUUUCUGUUGGUUUUGAGCAAUUCUCGGGCGCUCGUUCGCCGAAUCUGCUGGCAAGCUAUCGUGCAGUGCCAGGUCGAGCAAGAUUGCAGCUUUGCGUACGACCAGUAUAUGGAGGCUUGCAGAUCCGUUUUAAACCUGGAAACCAGACGCUGUCCCAGCCACUGCCUCUCGGCUCUUAUCCACCUCAACCACACGCAGAACGGGCCCAUGCUCGAGAACUGCGAUUGCCUCCAGGACGAGCUGUGCAAAAGGACCAAACGUGCCAUCGAGCCCUGCCUGCCGAGAACCCGCAACCGGGACGGGGUGAUGGGCUGCACCGAAGCCCGCCUGCAAUGCGAGACCGAGCCCCAGUGCAACAACGCCAUGCGCCGCUACCUCCAGAACUGCGGCAAACUUUUCAAUGGCAUCAAGUGCACGGAUCAGUGCCGGGAGGUGAUCGAGAGCAUGCUGGUCAUCCCUAAAGCCUUGCUCCUUAAGGAAUGUGUCUGCGACGGAGCAGAUCGACCUAUCUGCGAGGCGAUCAAGGAUAACAUGGCCAGACUGUGCUUCUUUGGACCUGAGCAUAGUUCUGGCAGCAGCGGCUCGGACAUGGAGCCAGAUGAUUACUGGGACUAUGAAGAAGAUCCAGGAGACAACGUUAUCAGUUAUGAUGAUGAGAAUAAAGACACAUACAGAUUGAAUCUGAUGCUAGUCAGAUUCCCAUCAUACCUCACGAAACUCAGAAAUAUUGACAAACUUCUAUUUUGAAGCUCUCACCAAAAAUGUGCAACCUGUUAAGUUGAAAAGAGGGGACACAUGUCUGAAAUGCCACACUGCCAAAUCAGCUAGUCUAACCUUGUUUGCUGCCAAAGUCGCUACAAUCUCCGCAAUAAUUAAUACACGUUGAGAUGAUUCGAUCAGGGAUUUGUUUCAAUGAUAUUGCUUGCUAAAUAAAACUACAGGUUGAUUUAUCGAUUACUUGAACGAACGCUGCCCGGAGCCACACAGGACAGAAUGAAUUCUGAGGUUCACCGUUGAGAGAGUGCAAAGACUUUUUCCUCUCGCUCUCUGUGACAGAAUGUUUAAGGGACUCCUGAACAAUGCAAGAGAACAAGGAACAGUUCAUUUAACUGACAGAGAGCAUACAGUAUAUGGAGAGAGGGUCUCUUGGUCCACUGAUCACCCUGGCAGACAGCAGACCUUUUGUAUACAAGACACAAUGGAGAAAAACAGUACUUGGUGUUUAUGAAACCAUCAUGACAACAACAUUGACUGUCCAAUCAGCUAACUCGCAGUGACCAUUCUCCCACGAGUAACCAGGGCUCCAAAUAAAUUAUUUCAACAAUGUUUAUUACUGGACGACAAGAGCCCUUCAGCUGCAUUAAUCGGGGAAGUCGAGUGGCACUUUUGUUAUGUAAAUGUUAAGCACAUAAUAGUUCAGUCAAACAAUGAGGAGGCACUUCAUUCUAGCAUACUACACGUCUAGGAAACUGCAGGGAAUUAUGUGGGAAAUAUCUACACACUGACAACCCCCAGUCUCUGGUGCAUCAUAAAUGUAUGGGCUUCAGAUAUUGUUAUUGUGGAAAGAAUGCUUUCAGCCACCAAAUGUUUAGGUGACCCUUUACAAAACCAAUACAGUGACACUGCCUGGGGAUUAUCCGCACAGUGGCAGUCCGCGGUCCCUGUUACAUCAUAAACGUGUAGGAAUUAGAUCUGCUUAUUGUGGAAAUGUUUUAUUUAGAGACAAAGGGGCUGGUGUGAGAGAAAAAUGACUCAAGGACUAAGUGCAAGUAUAAUGCAUUUGACAGGACACUGCAAGAAAUGACAUGGGAAACACCGGCAUCUCGACGGGCUUUGCUCUGCACUAUGUCUGAUUUAUGGGAAAAUUGUAUUUCAGUCGUUGAAGGAAAUGCUGUACCACAGAAAGGAGGUGCGAUAUUAAAAGAUGACGGACUUGGUCAAAUAUCUACAGGUUUACAGAUUCCUGCCAUCACUCCAACAAUAGGGAUUAGAAACUCAAAAUUUGCAAAGCGUGUAGAGUUAAGACCUUCUAGGCAUUGGGAUGAAUGAUGUGGGGAAUAUUUGCAAGAAAAUCAGAAAUUGCUGGAGAAAUUCAGCAACUGAAGAAGAGUCACUAGACUUGAACGUUAACUCUGCUUUCUGUCCACAGAUGCUGCAAGAACUGCUGAGUUUCUCCAGCAAUUUCUGUUUUUGGUUCCGAUUUUCAGCAUCUGCAGGCUUUGUUUUAUUUUGGGUAAUAUUUACCUUGCGUUAGCUCAUGAGCAUCACAAAUUCAUUCUGUACAGAGCUGACACGACAAACCAAGAACUAAUGAAAUAGAUUCCAAAAUCCACAGAGUGGUCGCAGGCAUUAUAUGUGUAAAGAGCAUGGCUGUUACCUAUCUUCUCAAAAUUAUGUAAAUUUUCAUCUUCUGUUGCGGCCAAUUGUAAAAUGUUACUUAUUCAUUAUUGAGACAAAAGCCGAAAGAAAAACAACUAGAGAGUCGCGUUGCAAUCGUCAAAGCACUUCAUGGGACCGCGAAAGCGAAUUAUCUUCCAUAAACUUUGCUAGAACGACUCUUAAAACAGUGUCCAAAAAAAAAUAAAUGAAUAAAUAACAGGAAGACUGAAUGAUAGUGCAUUGUUCUGUUCUAGGUUAUAGUAGGUACAUCGCCAUAAUUUUUCAUGGCUAUAUUGUUUUCCUGUGCAUCUAUCUUAUUUGAGGCAAUGUCAAAAUGUACUAGUGGAAGUAAGAAGCAGUUUGAGUUUCAAGCUGUGGGGAACUCUUGGGAAUUAUAUGGGAACUAGUUAUUCUGAUAUCAACCCAAAGUAUAUUUAAGCCAAUAUUAAUAGAUCAUAUAAUGAAAAUAAAUAAACAAGAGAUAGAUGACAUAACUCUAUUUAAAAGAAAUACUGCAUUUAAUACUUAAACAGCGUAUUUCAGAAAUUUUGCUUGACACAAGUUCUGUCACACUGCCUCGUUCAAUCAGGUCAAAUUGAUAUUAAAGAAAUAUUUCUACCUGCACUGGUCUGAGGUAAGUAGCUUUCAUGUGCAUUGGUAUUGCACUGUUCUGAAACUUACUGGAUGAAAGAGUCAAACUUUGCAUUCAUUCUGGGUUGCAAUUGAAAUGCACUCCUGGCGACACCAGAAUCACUCUUGCAAAUCAUAUUGUGUGUUCUAGGAUAAAGCUGUGAAAAUACAUGCUCUUCUCCAGUGAAUAUUGAAUAUUUUGAGACCAUAGACAAAAUCCUCAAAACUUUUAAACAAUUAAAGAAAUCUCUAACUUCACCAUAAAGUGCCCUAUUCGUCUGGUAGACUACCUGAGUAUCCUUAAAAUCUGAAAAUAAUGUGCUAGAGAAAGUACCUGUGGAGAAAGAAGCAAAGUUCAAUAUGACCCUUAUUCAGACGUCUGAAGAAGCAUUCAAAAUAAAUCAUUUUAGACUCAGAACUUUAACUUGGCUCUGUCUCCAAAGAUAGUGCCAGACCUGCUGAGUUUCUCCUGCAUUUUCUGUUUUUAUUUCAGGUCUCUAACAUUCACAAGUGUUUGGUUUUGCUCUUAAAAUCUGAUUAACAAGACAUUAUGUUGCAAGUAAAGUCAAACCCACAACAAGUUGUUUUGAGCAGGUCGCACUUUAUUGUACUCUGGAGUUGGGUGAGAAAAUUAUGCUGUGUUAAGAAUUGCAUUGGUGCAAAGCAGAAAUUGCAAUCUAGUCUCUUUAUUAUCUGUGGUUCACAGGCUGGCACCUGGACAAAAUUAAAACUUGUACAAUCCAUCUUUCCACCUAUUUCACUGGAUGUAAACUCAUCAAAAUUGUUUAGAAUUUUUCCUUAUAAGAAGGUAGAAUGUAUUUUUAAUGGAGCUAGAAAUGGAAUCUAAAUUUGCCAGCUGGACAGUUAAGUAGCAAAUUAACUUCAAUAUGAAUAUUAUGGGAUGAUGUACUUUGGUAGGGAAAGAAAACCAUCUUCUAUACCUUAAUUUCUAAGAUAGUAAAAAGACCACAACAAAUAGUGAUCUAGAGAUAGUAGUGAACUGAUAACAAUGCAUCUCAGCAAAACAAUUAAAAUGUUAACAGAGUAUCAAUAUUUAUUUUAAGGUGUAUAGAAUUCAGAAGAAGUGGAGUUAUCUUAAACUGAGACCAGUUCUAGCCUCUGUGCCGUAAAAGGUACAACGAAGAAUUUGCAAGCAAGAUUUACAAGGAUUGUCCCAGGAAUGAGACUUUAAAUCUCUUGGGAAAGAUUGAAUAGGUUGUGGCUAUAUUUUUUAUGAAAAGGAAAAACUCAGAGGAAAAAAAUGGUUUUAAAGUUAUGAAUAUGUUGGCCAGGGUAAUUGUGGAAAGAAUAGGUUUAAACGUUUCCAGGUCUUUGGAGAUGAGCUGGGAGGCAGGAGUGCAGGUAAUAUGAUGGAUGAAGCUGUUGGGAAAAGAGCCUGAUAUCUUGCAGUCACCUUGGGUAUUGCCUGUGUCAGAAACCUUAGUAAUGUCAUUGUCCAUAGGUAGUGAAUUGAGACAAUUAAAUGUCCAACUAAGACCCACUUCCUACUGCUGCAAUGGUUCCAUGUCAAAGGACCUGUCACCACAUCACAAGACUGUCAAGUAGGCACUAGCAGUCUUCCAGCAGGUUCUUGGAGGGGACCCCUCCCUUAAUGGCUGCUCCAUGGUCCACAGAGUGUUCUGCUGGUAUUAAACACCAUAGAUGUCUAAUGUGCCACUGCUAGAAUAGGACCAAUAGCCAAUAACCCUAACCGUAACUGUAACCCUGAUCAUCUCAACAAACUUCCCACUUUUUAAGUUCACCUCGCCACGAACUCGGUCUCUCCUUAAUCUAAUUGAACUGGCUGUUAAUUGCCUGCUGUAGAUUCUCAACUCCAGCUGGAGCAGGAACAGCGCCUACCUUCAGCCCUGAGGGUAGAAUUUAAUCCUGUUUGGAAAAUACUGUCCCAUAUUUCCAUUUGUCAGAGAAGCUAUAACCAGGGUUCAUUGAUACAAGGCAUUAAUAAUAAAUUCUUUCCUUACUCACAGGGUGGUUAGAAUAUAGAACUACCAAUAGGAAGUGGGUAAGACAAAUAACUUGGAUGCAAUUAUGAAGAGGAAAAAUGAUUUCAUAAUAGUUUAUACAGUGGUGCUCUCUUAAAAGUAGGUUCUAAUUGUCUGUUAUUUUUCUUCUUGAAUAUAUUUGCGUACCUGUGUUCCAAAUGAUGAGUGCAGGAACUACAAAUGUGAAUCUUUAUUUCUAGUACCUGCUGGCAAAUACAUUCUGACUGAAUGAAAAUAAAUAUAGUUUUUCAAGGAUGUGGUAGAGGACUUAUUAUAUGUGAUAUUUGGUAAGAUAUUUGGACUGUGGUUGCUUGUUGUUGUGAUGGU